UUAACACAUCUUUUUUUUUUUGAUAAUCUUCCUCAAAUCUCUUCUUUAUUCUUGUUAAUCAUGUUGCCCUUCUAUUCUCUUCUACUAAUUGCAACUUGGCUAGUUCCUAAGUAUUGCUUAGUUCAGUUAAAUGAACCAUUCCUAUAUAUAUCCGCUACGACAUUCAAGUUUGUUCUCACAUCAACCCUUUUCUUAACCAAGUUAAAGAUGAAGAUGAGCAAGUUUGUUUGUUUCAUCACGAAGAAAUUACAGAAUCUCUCUAUCUUUGUAAACCCUUUUUGGAUUCAAAUUUGUUAUUUUAUCUCUGUGUCUUCAGUGGGUUUCCUAGUUUUGAAGGUUUUGAAGCCUAGGAAUAAGUCAUUUAGGCCAAAUGACUUUGAUGUGUUCUUUAUGUCUGUGUCAGCCACAACAGUUUCUAGCAUGUCUACCUUGGAAAUGGAGGUUUUCUCUGAUACCCAACUUACUGUCUUAACCAUUUUAAUGGUAUUAGGUGGGGAGGUUUUUGUUUCAGUACUUGGACUUCAUUGGUUGAAUUCCAAGUUCAAGAAACAAGAGACCCAAAACAAAGUCAUUGACCCUUUAGUAGUUAGUGUAGAGGACUUGAGAUACAAGUCAUCAAUCAGGUAUUUGAGUUAUGUUGUGUGGGCUUAUUUCUUGGUUAUUCAUAUAGUUGGGUCUACAAUGAUUUCAAUUUAUAUGAGCCUUGUUUCAAGUGCAAGAAAUGUCCUCAAGAACAAGGGUCUUCAUUUAGUGACAUUCUCUAUGUUCACCACUGUCUCUACCUUUACAAAUUGUGGAUUCAUUCCCACAAAUGAGAACAUGAUAGUCUUUAGUAAACAUUCAGGACUGCUUCUUAUUCUCAUACCUCAAAUUCUACUAGGAAACACAUUGUACCCACCUUGCUUGAGAUUUCUGAUAUGGGUUUUGUGGAGACUUACAAAGAGAGAAGAAUUAAAUUACUUGUUGAGGAUGAACUUCAGUGAUGGCAUAGGAUAUAAUCACUUGCUCCCCUUUCUGCACUCCUGCCUUUUGGUUGUCACAGUUUUUGGGUUUAUAGUGAUUCAAUUCAUUCUGUUCUGUUGUAUGGAGUGGAAUUCAGAAGCCUUAAAGGGUCUGAAUUGUUAUCAGAAGCUAGUAGCUGCACUGUUCCAGUCGGUGAACUCAAGGCACACUGGUGAAUCCGUCGUCGAUCUCUCAAUCAUCUCGCCAGCGAUCCUGGUUCUAUAUGUUGUAAUGAUGUAUCUUCCUCCUUACACCACCUUUUUGCCCAGAAAAAAUGAUGAGCAAAGUCUUAGAAGUAAUGAAAAAAUGAAGAAAAGAAGGGAAAAGCUAGUGGAGAACCUCCUAUUUUCACAGCUCUCCUAUUUGGCUAUAUUCAUAAUUCUCAUUUGCAUCACUGAGAGGGAAAAGUUGAGAGAAGAUCCCCUCAACUUCACUGUGUUGAACAUUGUCAUAGAAGUAAUCAGUGCCUAUGGAAAUGUGGGGUUCACAACAGGCUAUAGUUGUGAAAGACAACUGAAGCAUGAUGGCUACUGCAAGGAUGCAUGGUAUGGAUUCUCUGGGAGAUGGAGCAAUGAAGGGAAGCUCAUCCUCAUCUUAGUCAUGUUUUUUGGAAGACUUAAGAAGUUCAAUAUGGAAGGGGGUAAAGGUUGGAAACUCAUGUGAAAGAAAUUAAUAGUUCCAUGAAGAUGUCAUCUAAACAGGUUGAAGUGUAGGACUUUCUUUAGUUUAAAAAUUAGGUAUAUUUCCGAGUAACUGUAAUUACAUCUUAUCUGGUCAUUAGUGUAUAUUGAUGCUUGCACAAGUACCUGCAUACCAACAUGAAGUAAAUUUUGGCUCACAA